AUGGGCACUUCCUGGAAUGGCGACUGUAAAGGGCCCAAGCCAGGGCUAAGUGCGAAUUCUGACAUCACAGGAACUGGUGUCGUGCUAAGCUACCUCAUCACUGCCGGGAUCGUGGCAGCCAUUCUUGUGCUGUAUUACCUAUUGGUCUUUGAUCCAGACUCCGAUCCCUUCGAGAACUCGAAACAGGGGCAUCUCCAGAGAGCAUAUCUCCCGAAUCCAGUGGAUAAGCUGAUUAUCUCACAACGCAUUCGUGCACUGAGAUCGCGGUAUCUCCCUUGUAUUCUAGCAUUUAGUGGCAUGCAACUGUUGACCGGAUUUUCCAUUCUCAUCACUGGGACCUCACAGCUUCAGGGCGGAUUGUCUACAUUUAACUGGAACGUCGUCAUCAGCGACCGCGCAUGGCGCAUCUUUUUUGUGGGCGCACUGUGCCUGUUCCUGGUGAUCGGUCUCAGGUUUACUGGUAACUAUAACUGGAUAACCGAUAGACACAUACCCCUGCCUCCUAAUUCCUCUGACAAGGAUUCGAUGUGCGAUAGUCAUGGUUUGAGUGAGGGGUUUCCUCCGGCGAUCGACGACGCUGCCACAUGCUUCCUUCUAGCCAAGCCCGAAGCAACGGAGGGCUUCUUAUCGAUGCUUCUUGCGGUGCUCCUAAUCAUCUUCUCGUUCAUCUCUCGGACUGUCCGACUUUCGAAGUCGAUCUCGGUAGAUUGGCUGGGAAGAUUUAGAAUUGGACUCAGGCUCUGGGUACAUGCCGGCUUGAAGUACGUGCAUGACUGGUCUGAUGCAGCAAAAUCGCCCCGGGGGCUCAAGUCCACUCUGUUCUACCUUCCAACAUUGGCGUUGAUCCUGACCGCUCAUCUUCUCGUCGAAGGGUUCACCUCUAUGUUUGCGGAGAUAAUCUGGUUGCUCGUCGCUUUCAUCUGGGGAGUACUCCGUCUUCUUUUCGGUAUCUGGGUAACAGAAUGCCCUGUGGGCUUUCCAGGUGGUGAGGAGGAUGAUUGGACAUUUAGGCAGGUCAUUGCUGUGGUACUCGUUGCAGGGCCUAUGCUCACCAUCAUCCAAUCUUUCUAUAAGCUUCUUGGAAAAGGCGCCAAGCACACCGCUCUGCCAUCGCAGGAUGCAACCAGCCAGGAGAAUCUUACUCUGCAGCUUCUGCCUGUCCAAAUCUCGACCCCAGUCAUUACGCCUUCCAAUCCAUCCUCACUCCCGCACCUCAGUCACCUCGACUUUCAAAGCGAUAUCUGGCAGUCGCACCACUCAACCCUAUGCAUCUCAGUCCUCUACUGUAUCUUUAUAUGCAUUGUGUUCCUGGUUGGGGCGGUCUUCGUCGGUGGUAAGAGUUUUUGA